AACCUCCCAAAAAAAGGCUUGCUUGCGUGGGUGGGUGUGAGAGAGACACAGAGAGAGAGCACGCGCGUAUUGCGCGCUUGGAGCCGAGAGCAGCGGGAGGAGAAGAAAAAACAAACCCGCGCACUCGUGGAAAUAGCGGGUUUGGCGAAGCGAGAAAGGGAAAUUGAGUGCCCGCGGGGUCUUUGGGAACGGGUGCGCGCACGCCUUGCCCCGGCUUGGGCUGGAGGCCGAGCCGAGACCGUUUGACCUCUUUCCCCGCCCGCCCCUCCUUUCCCUCCCUCAGUGCCUCCGCGAACUCCAGUUGCUAAAGAAGAGACCGCGGCAGUGUUGAGCUGGAGAUGCUGCACAACUGCCCGCCUCCCUCCCUCCCCGGGAAUACACUUUCCUUGGAUAUAGUUGUGUAAACUGGGGGUUGCCAUCACGGAGAGGCCACAGGAACCCCCCUUGGGCCCUCCAUGUCCCCUUGAUGGGGCUUUCUGGACUCGAAGACCCCCUCAUGUACCCCAGCAGGGGUGCUUCGCCUGCAUCUCCAAGACGCCCCCCAUACAGCAAGGGUCCCCCGUGCUGUCUCCUUCUUCUGCUGUGUGCCUGAUGGAGAACAAGACCUGCAAAGGGGACAGCCUGAGACCACCGGUGCAAUGCAAACACUCCGUGGAGAAGAAAACGAUGACUAAUCCCACUGCUGUAAUUGAAAUCUACCCAGACACCACUGAAGUGAAUGAUUAUUAUCUCUGGUCCAUCUUCAACUUUGUAUACCUCAAUUUCUGCUGUUUGGGCUUCAUUGCCUUGGCAUAUUCUCUGAAAGUGCGAGAUAAAAAACUCCUCAACGAUUUGAAUGGUGCUGUGGAAGAUGCCAAGACCGCCCGCCUUUUUAACAUUACCAGCUCGGCACUUGCCACCUUCUGCAUCAUCCUUGUCUUUAUCUUCCUACGAUACCCACUCACUGACUACUAGAACAUGGCGCAGCCAUUGUUGCUCAAAGUCCUCCGUGCCAGAAGUAGCUGCCGUGGAGUUUCUCACCUAAGGGACACAAACAACAAUAGCCCCCUCUUAAUGGCAGAUGCCCCUUCUCUUCAAUACUAAAAGUAUGCUGCAAGCUUCAACAUAUACUCAUCCUCUGCCCCCCACCCACCCACCCCCACCCCAGUCUGCAUCCAGCCUGGCUGGAAUGCAAACUUAAGUAGCAGAAACUUUUAGUUUUACAUUUUGUACACAAAAUAUUUAUUUUCUUGAAAAAGAAGUAGGAUUUGAUGAUGGAAUGGGUUUUUUUUUCCUGGUCCAAGGGGAGAAAGUACCAGAGCCUCAGAUGAAUGUUACAGAACUAGGCUGAGUACAAACUGGAAUUGAAAAUUUGGGGUCGAUAAUUCUGUUGAGGAAUCCAGAGGAAUUUUUGGGCUCUACAAGUCUGUAUACAACUUCCAUCCCAUUGCAGAGGACAGAAUGAGCUAAGGAACAGGCAUGACUUUGUGGAACUUAAUCCAUUGCAUCCAGACUGCUGCUUUGUCUUUGCCUAGACUGCCUCCCUGUUCUGUAUCCCCCAACACACAUCCUUUGCUAUGUAUGUUUUAUUGGUUUUUACAUUUGACUGAAGCCCAAAAUAGCUUGCCAACCAACAAACAAAAGCAAAAGAACAACCAUCGGGAAAUUUGGAUUCCUCAGAAUUUAUUCUCAACUUCUCCUAACCAGUUCUGGAGUUUUUCAAAGCAAAUACAGAAAGAAAAAAGUUUUCUUUGGAACCUCACGGAGACCCUGAAAAUUUACAUAGUUCUUGUAUCGCUGCCAACUUUCAAUAAACAA